AUGUCCCAAAUACGCAGCCCGCGGACUAUCUCUCUGCGGACCGUGGACUAUCUGUCUGCGACACGCGGACUAUCUACGGCCCGUGGACAAUCUCUCCGCGUCCAGCGGACUAUCUGUCUGCGGCCCGUGGACUAUCUACGGCCCGUGGACAAUCUCUCUGCAUCCAGCGGACUAUCACUCUCGGCCCGCGGACUAUCUGUCUGUGACCCGCGGACUUUUCCAUACCUUUAUGUCUUCCUUUUCUUCGUAGAACGUUUUUUCAUCAUUUUUCUUCCUCUUCUUCACAAUAAACCUGUGCCUUCUUGGGCUAAAGUUUUUAUUUUCUUUCUCUUACUUUCCUUCUUUUCUUUUUAUGGUUCUCACCUUUUUGUCCAUAAUGCAUUUGCAAUCUUCGUAUUCUUCAUUUUCUUUUUCUUCAAUGCCAUCAUCAACAUGUUUACUUACAAGAAAUGCCCUUUUUACGAAAACGCACCAGUCAACACUCCACCACCCACAUCCUUAACACAAUUCUCUUUCCUUACAACAACUAAUAUUUUCUUACCCACAAUUUAUUUUUGUUUUUUCUUUCUUUUCGUAACACAAUUUUUUCUAUCUAUCUAUCUAUCUAUCUAUCUAUCUAUCUAUCUAUCUAUCUAUCUCAGCAGUCUGUUCAUAUAUAUCUAUCUAAGUCUGUUCAUAUCUAUCUUGCCUACUGUGCCUGAAAGUGAAAGACGAAGUAUCUAUCUAUCUAUCUAUCUAUCUAUCUAUCUAUCUAUUUAUCUAUCACUACGUUUCUAUUAUCUAUCUAUUACUACGUUUCUAUUAUCUAUCUAUCUAGCUAGCUCUUUCUCUUUCUCUCUCUCUCUCUCACUAUUACGUGAACAUGAUCUGAUGCAAACGACCUCAAUAUGUAUGCUUCUUUGUACGCGUAAUAGUAUAUCAUUGAACAAAUUUAUUCGUCAAUAUGAAAUCUAUCUAUCUAUCUAUCUAUCUAUCUAUCUCAAACUGGUCAUAUCUAUCUUUCCUAUCUGUCUCAAUUUGAUUAUAUCAUAUCAUAUCUAUCUAUCUAUCUAUCUAUCUAUCUAUCUAUCUAUCUAUCUAUCUAUCUAUCUCAAACUGGUCAUAUCUAUCUUUCCUAUCUGUCUCAAUUUGAUUAUAUCAUAUCAUAUCAUCUAUCUAUCUAUCUAUCUAUCUAUCUAUCUAUCUAUCUAUCUAUCGCAAACUGGUCAUAUCUAUCUUUCCUAUCUGUCUCAUUUGAUUAUAUCAUAUCAUAUCUAUCUAUCUCUAUCUAUCUAUCUAUCUAUCUAUCUAUCUAUCUCAAACUGGUCAUAUCUAUCUUUCCUAUCUGUCUCAAUUUGA